AUGCCAUUUGCUCCAACAGGACUGUACAGAGAAGUAACAAACCCUUUUUCCCUGCCUAGGGUUCUGACAAACAUUGCUAUCUGGCAGGGUCAGCUUGGGUCCAGAUUCAAUGAUGAACAUCAGGAACAAAAAAUAACCCAUUCCUCAGAAGACCAUUCCCAGGCUGAAAGUGAAAAUUCAUCUGAUGUCAAGAUAGCCCCCAGCAAUGCUGACUUUGCAUUUAGAUUUUAUAAGCAGGUCAGAGAGGAGGCAGGCAACAAGAACAUUUUCUUUUCUCCUUUGAGCAUCUCCACUGCCUUUACAAUGCUCUCUCUGGAGGACAGAUCAAACACUCUCAGUCAGCUGCACAAAGACCUUGCCUUCAAUCUGACUGAGAAGGAGGAGCAGGAGAUCCAUGAGGGGUUUCAGUGUGUCCUCCAGCUGCUCAAUGACUCACUGAGAGACCAGCUGAGCAUGGGCAAUGCUCUGUUCAUAGACAACAGGCUGAAACUUCUCCAAGAAUUUUUGGACAAUGUCACAAAUUUUUAUUAUGCUGAAGCUAUUUCUAGUAACUUCCAGAAUUCUGCAGAGGCAGUAAAGAAAAUCAGUAAGUAUAUAGAAACAAAAAUCCAUGGGAAAUUUAUUGAUUUACUCAAGAAUAUUGAUCCAGGCACUAUGAUGGUUCUAGUUAACUACAUUUUCUUUAAAGCAUUAACUAGUAUGACAGGACUGUGUGGGUCCCUUUUUCAGUUUAUUCUGUUUAUUCUGCCUGAUGAAGGGACAAUGAUGCAGGUGGAGGAUGCUUUGCUAAAAGAAUCAGUUUCUAGAUGGCUGAAAUCACUUGAAAACAAAGAAAUCUACUUGGACCUUCCAAAAUUCUCCAUCUCUGGCUCCUAUGAUGUUAAAAGCCUGUUUGAAAAAAUGGGUAUGACAGAGGUGUUCAGUGACCAGGCUGAUCUCUCUGGAGUGGUAGGAAAUACUCUUCUGAAGGUUUCCAAAGCAAUUCACAAAGCCAAGGUGGAUGUUCGAGAGGCUGCUGCAGUGACCCAGAUAGAAACUUUAGCAAUGUCUAUGCAGUUGCCUCCUCCUCCUCAUAUCACAUUCAACAGCUCCUUCCUCAUGAUAAUUAUUUGCAAACCAAACAAUGGCAUCCUCUUUAUGGGAAAAAUUGUGAACCCAGCUGUCAAGGAAGAGUAG